AAAAAAAAAAAAAAGGGAAUCACGAUGGCGUCGUCGGCGGGCGGCGGGCCCCCGGCAGCGUCGCGGGCGGUUAGCGACCCGAUCCUACGCAACGCGCUGCGCUACACCGUCUCGGCCCGCGAGUACGCCACGCUGCACAAGUACAUAUUGUCGCGCUCGCGCGUCCUCAAGAGGAACGCGCCGAGCGUCGAGACGGUCGCGCGCAUCGUCAACGGCGACGCGGGGGCGAGGCCGGCUGUUAGCUCCACGCCCGGCGACGGGUCGGGCGGCGGGGCGACGGCGACGGGCCUGGAGCCGGCCUCGGGCGGCGGCAGGGCAGGGAGGGGCAAGGGGAAGAAGCAGCAGCAGCAGCAGCAGGACGCGGCGGCGACGCCCCCGCCCGUCAACGACUACAACGCGCGCGCGGUGCGGCACUCCAUGCGCGUUUUUAUCGCCACAAGCAUCGCGAUGAAGACGUGGUCUAUCGUGUUGAAAAGGAUAAUGGGCGCCAAGAAAGACCAAGCAGCAGCGGCGGCGGCAGCGGCAGCCUCCAAGAAGGAGCCCCUCUACAAGUCGCCGACCUUCCGGCUCUCGCUCUCGCUCAGCUCCAUCCUGCUGCUGUACAGGCUGUUGUUCCGCUUCUUCACGCGGCUGCGGCUGCACCUGCUCGACCCGUCGGCCGAGCCGUUCCGGCGCCGCAACCCGCGGACGGCGGGGACGCUGACGUCGCCCUACGCGCCGGCCGUGGGCGCGUCGCUGGCGGGGCUGGCGCUGGGCAUCUACCCGGCGCAGCAGCUGCGCGUGUCGGUCGCCAUCUACGCGCUCUUCCGCGCGCUCGAGUUCGGCUGGAACGCGGCCGAGGAGAACGGCAUGGUCUGGGGCUGGGACAAGGGCGGGCGCGUGCGGCGCGAGCGGCCGUGGUGGUGGGGCAGCUGGAUGCUGCAGCCCCUGGCCUUUGGCCAGCUGCUGCACGCCUGCGUCCUGGACCGCGACUGCUUCCCGAGCCAGUACGGCGACAUGAUCUUCAAGUGGUCCGGCACCUACCUCCAGCAGCGCCCGCCCAAGUACCCGCGCAGCCUGCCGUGGCCGGGGACCUACGACAUUGUGGACAGCCUGGCGACCAUGGCGAAGCUCAACUGGCCACCCUUCGUCUCGCCCACGCUCUUCCCGGACAAGACCAACACGCUGCCGCCGCAGCUGUCGGCCAUCGCGCCCCUCUCAAACAGGGCGCACCCGCUGCUGACGUCGCUGUCCUGCGCGACGCUGCACCCGCACGACCCGUCGUGCGCGCGCACCUACCUCACCUUCUGGCUGCGGUCGUUCCCGGCGGCGGCGCGCUUCUUCCUGGCGGCGUACGCGCUCAUGGCGCUCCCGCGGUUCCGGCUGCUCUACCACGCGCCGGCGUCGGUGCUCCGGCGACUGCUGGCGUCGGCGCUGCGCACGGCCACGUUCGCGACGGGCGCCGUCUCGACGGCGUGGGCCUCCAUCUGCCUGCUGCAGGCGUGGCUGCCGCGCGGCGCGCUCGCCACGCAGCGCUUCUUCCUCGGCGGCAUGGCGGCCGGCCUCUGGGCCUGGGCCGAGCGCAGCAGGGGGCGGGCCGUGUUCCUCUACAGCGCGCGCCAGAGCGUCGACUCGCUCUGGAAGGUGGGCGUCAAGCGCCGCUGGUGGCGCGCCAUGGCCGCCGGCGACGUCUGGGUCUUUGUCCUGGCCGUCAUGCUCACGGGCGUCGUGUACGAGCGCGACGCCGCCGCCGGCAUCCCCGACCCGACCUGGCGCCGCGGCGUCAGCUGGGUCCGGGGCGAGGGCUGGCGGGACUGGGCCAUGGAGGCGGACGAGGAGGAGGACGACGAGGACGAGCAGGGAGGGGAGGGCGAGGAGGAGGGGGAGGCGGAGAGGAUGGAGGUCGGAGUCGACGAGGGCUCGGGCGUGCUGCUGAGGAAGGAGGAGUGAUUGGCUCUGUGUCUCUUAAUGGUUAUGCCUGGUCUGUGCGUGUCGAGAGCUGGAGAGCUUUGGCUUUGUGUAUGAAUCAAUGUGUUGAUGAUUGCUCUCAGAGUGAGAGUGGAAGCUACCCGCACACGGCCUUACGAGGAAAGUUGUGAUACGGUUUGGCACGGCCUCGGCACACUUAUAAGCCACGGAAGAGAGAGGAGGCUGCGCAGAUAAUCACAAGCACCAAGAUUCACUUCGAGGGGAGCAAGCGAACAGGCGUGAACAGGCCAGCUUAGAUAUUGGUAUCUGCGUACUUUUGCAUCAGGCGACAAGUACAUCGCUCUCUGUCUCUUUGUAAAGACGGG